CAGGCAACAUCCAUCUUCGUGAGGCUCUCUGUUUUCGUCUCACCUCCGUCUAUGCUGCUCUUCACCUCACCGUGCGCAUCGAUACGAAAACUUUGUAGGGCCCUUUGCUACCACCAGCCACAACCGAGACCAACCACCAUAAUCUCCAAGGCUUUGAGCUCGUGCAGGUUUCCUCGACCAAGUAUCAAGGACGACGCACUAUGGUUGCCACGCGACGGAGCGGUGCAAAUGCCGCACCAACCUCUAAUGCCCCUUCGAAACCUACAAAGCGGAGGAAGUUCUCAGACAGUGCUACAGUAGACAAGCUAGAAAAGACUGUCACAGCACCACCUUCCAUCUCACGGGAGCCUUCUCUGUCAACCAACAUUACAGCACUGUUAAAGUCUAGCAGUGAGCUGAGUGACCUUACUCUCACCUCACCAUCUACGGGAAGAACACCUGGAAAAGGUUCACCCAGCAAGAUCGUUCGAUCUCUGCAUGAGCAAGCUAGACCUUCGGCUCCACAAGUCAUGGCUGCCUUACAGAAGCUUGUCACGCCUGGCAGUUCCCACAACCCAAUUGUCUUGGUCGAGGACUCACCACGAUCAAAAGCCCAAGCGAGGACGAAACAACAUGACAAAGUCGAACCGCAUAGAUUUCAGGACAGACACAGCAAGCUUUACACUUACAAACCUCCACGACCUGCUCUUGCCCCGAAGCCAGCGAACGGAAGCACAUUUACCGGCCAUCCAAAUCACGACAUGUAUCGCAUGCGUACGGCGAAGAUGGCUCAACCAGUGUGGCAUCUGAGUAGGAAUCAGAAUGUCCGACAGGGUCUUCCAGGUCUUCCAUUCGAGAUGCAGUACCCUAUGUCCGCUCAGUAUCUGGCAUCGCAGCAGGGUGCUGCACUUCCUCCCACAAGACCGGGCAUCCAGUACUACGCUCCACCUCCUCCAUCAUACCUACGGCACAAGGCACCUCUACUACCAACAGAAGAACAACUACGGAGGAAAGCCGUGAAACACGUGCGAGAGUACUCGAGAUCAUCACCGCGUAAGAGGAAGAUGGCAGUAGAUCCUGAGGAGACCAGCGAGUCGGAAUCAGACGAAGUCAAUCACAACUUUACGAUCUCCAUGCGCAAAACAUACCCAACGCAGACGCCUGGUGGCAGUGCGAAGCUCAAGAGUAGCCCAAUCACUAUCCUGCCUGACCCCCACUUCCAACUCACACCACUCAUCGAGCACGCUUCGCUACUUACCUCACUCCUGCGAGCGUAUCCGCACUCAGCAGAUCAGAAGGGUCUGAGAGAGGACAUCGCGAUGCUGGUCUCUGUGCAGAACCAGCAUUUGGCCGAUUGGCUGAACUCGGAAGUUGGACAGUCUCGAAAAGCUGUGCCGAAUCUGCACACUCCUUGUGUGAGCAGGAGCACCACGACCUCACUAAUCAAACCACUUACUCACCAUCUUACGGAUAGCGAGCUGACUGAGGCAGAGAAGAAGAGGAAGCAAGACGAAGAGGUCCGAGGGUUACUAUCUGCGGACGCAAAGCUAUGGCAAGAUGGCUCUGGCCUGGGCGUCGCGGACGUGUAUAGGGGAAGCAGAGCUUCGACGCCAGCAGCAAGCCAGGACGAAGAGAAUGAGCCCCAAGAGGAGAGUGCCAUUGUCGCCACCUCGCCGCCAGUGCGCUGCACUGCAGAAGCUCCGGCCGCAUUGCCCGACAUUGUCGCCACGAGCUCUUCCCCGCUGGCAAGAACUAGCAUUGGGAGUCCCGUCAAGUCGUUACCCAAGGUCGUCGCGUCAGCUGCAUCCCCAGUAGCGAGACCUGGCACGCAGAGGCUCGUAACUCCAUCACCGAAAGUUGCGAGGACUGUGUUGUGUCGCCUGCUGUGAGAACUAGUGGGAGGAAGAGGAUGGCGGCAGCGAGAUGCAGAACGGAGUGAACAGGGGGAAGUGUGAUGGCCGGAGGGAAGACAUUU